UCUGCAGCCAUUUCGGGUUCCCUAGAGCAAAGCGAUACUCUCCACUCAGCCCUGAGAGAGGUGCCCAUGGGUGUUGGUGGUGUUCCCUACAACGAUUUCCAUGUUCGAGAUGCCCCUCCAAAAUCUCCAAAUGGCUACCAGCUUGGUGGUAAUUACAAGUAUGGUCACAUCGAGACCAAUGACAAUACCGCUCAGCUGGGGGGUAAAUACCGAUAUGGGGAGAUCCUUGAACAUGAUGGAAGCAUCAGGGACCUCCGAAAUGGUGACUACCGCAACGCUGAGAAUGCAUAUGGCAACCACAGGGGCCAUGGGCAGUAUAGAUCAGCCGAAGGUGCAGCGACUAUGGGCAGGCUUCACCGGCGAGAGCUACGGCCAGGAGAGAUCCCACCCGGUGUGGCCACUGGGGCGCUGGGUCCAGGUGGUUUGCUGGGCAGUGGAGGCAUGCUGGCAGCCGAUGGCAUCCUGUCGGGACAAGGGGGCCUGCUCGGCGGAGGCGGUCUUCUUGGUGGCGGAGGACUCCUCGGAGGAGGGGGCAUUCUGGGUGUGCUCGGCGAGGGCGGCAUCUUGAGCACCGUGCAGGGGAUCACAGGGCUGCGCAUCGUGGAGCUGACCCUCCCUCGGGUGUCCGUGCGGCUCCUGCCAGGCAUAGGUGUCUACCUGAACUUAUACACCCGUGUGGCCAUCAAUGGGAAGAGUCUCAUUGGCUUCCUGGACAUUGCCGUGGAGGUGAACAUCACGGCCAAGGUCCGACUGACCAUGGACCGCACAGGCUACCCUAGGCUGGUCAUCGAGCGAUGUGACACCCUCUUGGGGGGUAUCAAAGUCAAGCUGCUGCGAGGGCUUCUCCCCAACCUCGUGGACAACUUAGUGAACCGAGUCCUGGCCAACGUCCUCCCUGACUUGCUCUGCCCCAUUGUGGACGUGGUACUGGGUCUUGUCAACGACCAGCUAGGUCUUGUGGACUCUCUGAUUCCUCUGGGGAUAUUGGGAAGUGUUCAGUACACCUUCUCCAGCCUCCCGCUUGUGACUGGAGAAUUCCUGGAGCUGGACCUCAACACUCUGGUUGGGGAGGUUGGAGGAGGGCUCAUCGACUAUCCACUGGGGCGGCCAGCCAUGGCUCCCAGGAAUAAGAUGCCAGAAUUGCCCCCCAUGGGCGACAACACCAACUCCCAGCUGGCCAUUUCUGCCAACUUCCUGGGCUCGGUGCUGACUCUCCUGCAGAAGCAAGGGGCACUGGAUAUUGACAUCACUGAUGGCAUGUUUGAAGAGCUUCCUCCACUCAUCACAUCCACGUUGGGAGCCCUGAUUCCCAAGGUGUUCCAGCAGUACCCCGAGCCCCGCCCACUCACCAUCAGGAUCCAGGUACCGAACCCACCAUCAGUGACGCUGCAAAAAGACAAGGCACUGGUGAAGGUGUUUGCCACCUCUGAGGUCAUGGUGUCUCAACCCAAUGAUGUCGAGACCACUAUCUGCCUCAUUGAUGUGGACACAGAACUCUUGGCCAUGUUUUCCGUGGAGGGCGACAAGCUUAUGAUUGAUGCCAAGCUGGACAAGACAAGCCUCAACCUUAGAACCUCAAACGUGGGCAAUUUUGAUGUUGGCCUCAUGGAGGUGCUGGUCGGGAAGAUUUUCAACCUGGCAUUUAUGCCUGCGAUGAACGCCGUGCUGGGCUCUGGUGUCCCUCUCCCCAAAAUCCUUAACAUCGACUUCAGCAAUGCAGACAUUGAUGUCUUGGAGGAUCUUCUGGUGCUGAGCGUCUGAGUGACAGAGGCAGAGAUGAAGUUGCAUCCACAGAAAAAGGCAGAACCAGCCCAGGAAAGGCUCAGCCUGACACAGCCCCUGGGUCCAAGUCCCUUCAGCCUCCCCAACCUUCCGACCUGUCCCCACCCUGAGAAAAGAUCCAGCUGUUACUCCCAUUGGCAAACAAUGACGUACACAGUCACCCCACGGUCAGCA